UUCAAGUUCGAGCGGUUAUUUUGGAAAUCGGUGUUAGAUCAGCCAAUUCACACUUAGCACAGAGAAGCAGUAUGGACUCGCAGCAGUCGAACAAAACGCACAGAGGGGGAGGCGCCAAAAAGAACACGGCGAAGCAAAAGCUUCAUUCUCAAGGGAAAAAUGCAAAGGCUUUUGCAUUUGCCAAGCCUGGCAAGUUACAAAGACAGGCCACCAGAAGUAGUGAUUUGGGUGAAAAGAAGUAUCAUGUUCCAAUGGUUGACCGUACCCCGGACGAUGACCCGCCUCCAGUUAUUGUUGCAGUGGUUGGACCUCCAGGAACGGGUAAAACCACAUUGAUUCGUUCUUUGGUUCGUCGGUUGACUAAAACUACUAUCACAGACAUCAAGGGUCCGAUAACUGUUGUCAGUGGUAAGAGAAGAAGAUUGACUUUCAUUGAAUGUUCCAACGACUUGAACUCCAUGAUAGAUAUUGCUAAGAUUGCAGACUUGGUUCUUCUACUGAUGGACGGAAACUUCGGUUUUGAGAUGGAAACAAUGGAAUUUCUAAACAUUGCGCAACAUCAUGGUAUGCCAAGAGUGCUUGGUGUUACCACUCAUUUGGAUUUGUUCAAGAAGCCGGCAAUCAUGAGGGCAGCAAAGAAGAGGUUAAAGCAAAGAUUCUGGACAGAGGUCUAUCAGGGUGCAAAGUUAUUCUAUCUUUCCGGUGUUAUGAACGGUAGAUAUCCGGAUAGAGAAAUUUUAAACUUGUCUCGAUUUAUUUCUGUUAUGAAGUUCAGACCCUUGAAGUGGAGAAAUGAACAUCCUUAUAUGAUGUCCGAUAGAGUGGUAGAUCUUACCCAUCCUUCAAAGAUCGAAAAAGAUCCAAAAUGUGACAGAAAAAUAGCCCUAUAUGGAUACUUGCAUGGUACUCCUUUACCUAAUGAGAAUGCAAGAGUACACUUGGCUGGUGUUGGUGACUACACUGUUUCUUCUAUUGAAAAAUUACCAGAUCCAUGUCCAACCCCGUACUAUGAACAGAAGUUGGAAGACUAUGAGAGAGAGCAAAGGAAAUUAGCAGAGGCCAAUGGCCAACCAGUUCCAGCUAAAACACAUAGACGUAGGAAGAGACUUGAAGACAAACAGAAAAUUAUUUAUGCUCCGAUGUCUGAUGUUCAUGGUGUAUUGAUUGACAAAGAUGCGGUUUACAUCGAUGUGGGACAGAAAGUCUUUAAGUCAGAAGAAGAAAUGAGUGGAAUUGGUGAGAAGUUGGUUACAGACUUACAAAAUGCAGCUGACAUAGUCGACUCCAGAAAGUCAUCUCGCUUAAAGCUUUUCAGCGAUGGCCCUGAAAUCUCGAGAACUGAUUCUGAUGAUAAUGAUGAGCUCAGUGAGCCUGAUGAAAAUGAGAAAGAUGACAAUGAAGAAUUACAUGGAGAAAUGGGAAGGCAUGAGCUAAGAAGGGCCAGGAUACACAAGCAAGAUCUUGAGAACCUCGACGAUAAUGCCGAUAUCGAUGAAUAUGAUGAAGAUGAGGAUAACUUAGUCAUAUUUGACGAAGAUGCAGAUGACCGAGCUAGAGAAAUGAAAUUGAAACAGCUAAGAAAAUCUCAAAACCUUGCGAAUGAAGAAGACUUACAAUUUGAGACUGACUCCGAGUUAGGAGAUGAUGACGAUGAAGAUAACGGGCUAUCACAAUGGAAAGCCAUGGGUGGCAAACUUCAGAAUUUGAACAUAAAGAAAACUUGGAAUAUCAAUAAGUUAAUAUACAUGAAUAAUAUUGACCCCAAGGAUGCCAUUGCCAGAUGGAAACAAGAAGAAGAGUCUGAUGAAGAAAAUAUCACUCCAUCUUCUGACGAAGGUGAAAGUGGUGAAGAAGAAAACGACGAAGAAUUUUUCACCAAAAAAGAGGAUAAGAUGAUAGAAGAGACAAACGAUAAAUCGAAGUUGACAUUGAGUUUUCUUAAGGAAAAAUGGGCACCAGGUAGUAAGUCUCUUGAUUAUCUGAAGAAGAGAUUUUUUUUGUCAGCCAAGCAGAGAAUUCAGAUGGAGAGGGAAGCCAAAGAGAAUGGAGAAGAAAAUGAGCUAUAUGGUGAUUUUGAAGAUCUCGAAGAUGAAGAUGCUGAGGAGAAAGAGUAUAUCGAAGCUGGUGAUGAACCUGAUGGGGAAAUGUCAGAAAAAGACGAUUUUACCAAUUUUGAAGAGGAAGAAAUGAAAGAUGAAAUGGGGAUUGGUACUAAGAUUGAAGAAGAAGAAGAAGGAGACGAAGAAGACGCUGAUGAUGAUGACUCCGAUGCUGACCAAUCUGUUGAAAAACAGAGGGCCCUAAAUGCCAAAAAGAAAGAAAAGUUGAAACAGCAGUUUGAAGAAGAAGAGGACUAUAAGGGCGAUGACGAUCCUUUCAACGAGCAUGAUAGUUGGUAUGAGUUUCAAAAAGCUAAGAUGGCGAAGCAACUUGAAAUUAAUAAAGCUGAAAUGAGCAAGCUUGAUGCUGAUACGCGUAAUAAAAUUGAAGGAUUUUCAGCCGGUUCCUAUGUGAAAUUGACUUUUGAUUCUUUACCUAUGGAAUUCAUUGAAAACUUUGAUCCAACGUUUCCAAUUAUUGUUGGUGGGUUAUUGAAUACAGAAGAAAGAUUUGGUUUUAUGAAUGCUAGAAUCAGGAGACAUAGAUGGCACAGGAAGAUUUUGAAGUCUAACGACCCAUUGAUUCUUUCUUUAGGAUGGAGAAGAUUUCAAACUUUGCCAAUAUACACUACUUCUGACUCUAGAACAAGAAACAGAAUGCUUAAGUACACCCCGGAGCAUGCUUACUGCUUCACUACAUUCUAUGGUCCUUUAGUUGCUCCUAAUACUACAUUUUGUGGAAUUCAAGUGGUGGAUAAGGAUCAUACCACUGGCUCUUUUAGAAUUGCAGCUACUGGUAUUGUUGAAGACUUGAAUGCAGAGAGUUCAAUUGUGAAGAAAUUAAAAUUGGUAGGUUAUCCGCAAAAGAUUUACCGUAAUACUGCAUUCAUUAAAGACAUGUUUACAUCUGCUAUGGAAGUGGCUAAGUUUGAAGGAGCAUCCAUCAAGACCGUUUCGGGUAUAAGAGGUGAGAUUAAGCGAGCUUUGUCGAGUCCCGAAGGCCACUUCAGAGCCACAUUUGAGGACAGGAUUUUGAUGAGUGACAUUGUUAUCCUGAGAACGUGGUAUCCUGUCAAGCCCAAAAAAUUUUACAAUCCAGUCACUUCGUUACUUCUGAAAGACAAAAAUAACUGGAAGGGUAUGAGACUUACAGGAGAAGUCAGAGCAGUGAGUGGUGUUGAAACCCCACAAGGGAAAGACUCUAAUUAUAAGAAGAUAGAGAGACAGGAAAGGAAGUUCCAUUCAUUGAAGGUUCCGAAGACAAUCAAGAGUAGCUUACCAUUCAAAUCUCAAAUACAGGAUAUGAAGAAACAAAAGAAACCUACAUAUCUUCAAAAGAGAGCUGUUGUGAUGGACGGUAAGGAGAAAGAAGCCAGAAAGCUAAUCCAAACCAUUCAAACCAUUAGAAAUGAUAAGGAAAGCAAGAGAACAUCAACGAAAGAUUCGAAGAUGAAGGAGAAGUUGAAAUCCCGUGAAAAGCUUGAGGCCUUCAGAACGGAGAAGCAGAAGGAAAAGAAGAAAGAGUACUUUGAGACGCAUGGUAAGAAACGUAAGCUUGAUUCUACGGAUGGCGGAAGUAGUAAGAAAAGAUGAAGCUGCUAUACAGAGGUGUUGUAUAAUUAGAUCC